GAGACUCGUUCGAGUAAAGCGCUUUUCAAUCAAUUAGGAAGGAAAUGCAGUGUCGGCGGGCGGCGGCAGUGUUAACUACGACGUCGUUCUAUUUCAGCACUUCUCAUGUCAUCUUUUCCUAUAUGUUCUCGGAUUCAAGAAAUUGAAAAUUUUACAUCAUCCACUAUUUCUUGCUUAUAUCCCACUAUUUCUUGCUUAUAUCCCACCCACACACACUACUAGAUCAAUUCGUAAAGAUUACGUCGUUUUUUGAAUCAAAUUUGGCUCUUAGAUAGAUCUAGAUCACAUUAAACUUAGAUGCUCAUUGAUUGUUGCAUUCUUGAGGAUUCUUGAUGAAAAUAAGUCCAUUCCAGUUAAGGCGUUAAUCAUGGACAAAGAUUUUCAGCGGUCCAUCUCUUCACGUGCUGCUCGAAGAAAUCAGCAACAGCAAGCCAAAUAUAUUUUAAGUGGGGGGAAGUUAUCUCAGGAUUAUACCAUGAGGAUAAUUUGGAAAAGGGGUUUUAUUCGGUUGGUUCUUACAGCCGGGAUCAUAUGGAUGUUGCUAAUUCUCUCAGUGUUGUUAUUUCACGUUUGGUCUUGCCAAUCUUCUGUUGCGUUCUUUUCAGCUCUUUGUAACAAAGAGAGCAAAGUAUUUGGAAUGCUAAACACGAUGGGACUUGUGAAAUCACUACAUCGCUGUCCUAUUCCUGUUGCUGAUGACCCGAAUGAAAUAGUUAUUCCCAAUAGAAAAUCUUCUGAUGAAGUAGUCCAACAUCUGUCCUAUAUCAUGGAGGAUAAUAUCGCAAGCAAUGGAUCCCAAUCACCUCCUCUAUUUGGGGGUCAUCAGACCUGGCAGCAAAGAGAUGAGAGCUUUAAAGUAAAACCAAUCAUGAAGGUGCAUUGUGGUUUUAUGCAAGGUGGCGGUGCAGAAAUGGCUGUAGCGGACAUCAGAUAUGUGAAGAAAUGUCGUUUUGUUAUAGCAUCUGGCAUUUUUGAUGGUUAUGAUACGCCUCAUCAGCCAUCAAAUAUAAGUAAACGCUCUCAGAGGCUAUUUUGUUUUCUUAUGGUGGUUGAUGAAGUGUCUCUUGAAUUCAUCAAGAAUAAUGUUACAGUCAGAGAGGAUAAUAAUGGAGGACAAUGGGUGGGUGUUUGGCGUUUGAUUCUGCUUAAGCAUCAACCUUAUGAUGAACCUAGAAGAAAUGGCAAGGUUCCUAAGAUAUUAACCCACAGGUUAUUUCCUCAAGCCCAGUACAGCAUCUGGAUUGAUGGUAAAAUGGAGCUUAUUGUUGACCCAUUGCUUAUGCUAGAAAGAUAUUUAUGGCGCGGGAAGCACACCUUUGCCAUUGCUCAGCACAAACAUCAUCGCAGCAUAUAUGAAGAGGCUGAUGCCAACAAACGGAGGAAGCGAUAUGCUCGUCCUCUAAUUGAUCUACAGAUGAAAAUAUAUCGUUACGAAGGCAUGGAACCAUGGAGCCCAAAUAAAAGUACUGUUAGUGAUGUGCCUGAAGGAGCCAUUAUCAUACGCGAGCAUACAGCUCUGAAUAAUCUGUUUAGUUGCUUAUGGUUCAAUGAGGUUAACCUUUUUACACCGAGAGAUCAGCUAAGCUUUGGAUAUGUAGUUUACAGGCUAGGAAGUAGGUUCAAAUUGUUUAUGUUUCCAAAUUGUGAAUAUAACUCGAUCUUUGUUUUACACCCGCACACACGGGAGCAUUCAUCUAAGGUCGAAUGGGUUAAAUCUUUAGAAGAGUUCAAGAAAAAGGCCGACUUGAAAGAGAGUAGAGGAGGUUUAGGCUUGUGGUCUCCUUAUCCUGGGAAUCUUGAUUUGGUUGUAUUACCACCUGUAGCCAGAACAUCCAAAGCGGGCUGAUAUUUAAUCAUGGAUCUCAUUUUCGGUUACGACA